AUGGGAGCAGGAACACCAGCGUCAGAAAAGAGGCGAUUAUUUUGGAAAUUUUGGCUAACUACAAAUUUUAUUUUUUAUCUUCUACUUAUAGUGACUGUCAUCACAGUUUAUCGCUCGCAUGAACAAGGGCAGGUUUUAAUGGUGACAUUUAUUGUCAUCAUCAUAGUAGAACUAAUUUUACGUAUUUAUAUUAUAUUUCAACUUCGGUCUGCAGUUGGAUUAACUUGUUACGAGGAUUUCUGUAUACUACUUUAUAAAGAAGUAAAUAAAAUGACAGUUGAUAAAGUUAAUUCUAUUUCAGAUAUGUUUUCGAUAGCAUAUCUAGCAGUUUUAUGUUGGUCAAUUUACAAUGGAUACUCUGGAAUUAAAAGCGAUCCUAACACCAAAAAAAAUUUUUUGAUCUCAGCAGGAUUAGUGACAAUCAUAGCGCUUAUUAAGGUUUUUGGCCUUUUAUAUUCUGCUUGCAAGAUUUGUUGUGGCCAGAAAAGUGUUGAUCCACACCCGCCACCUUAUAAUGCAUAA